UCCCGCACACAAACGCCCCAAAUUGCAGUCAGCUCGCAGCCUCCAGGAUAAUCACUACGCGCAAUAUACAACAGAACCUGAAGACACCUACACAAUUACCUUCCGCUAACUCACUGUACAUUACCGGAGCUGCUAUGGCCGCACCUCCUUCGAAAGUAGACCGCCAGACUACCACGCCCUUUCUGCUGAAACUGUUUUAUCGUACAGGCGCUUUUCACCGGAACGAUGAAUUCUCCCCCCAAUCACAUCCGAUAAACCAGCAUUUACAGAUCUACACGUGGCCAAACUGUACUCUCAAAGAGCUGUCGCAUCUCCUCGUAUCUGCCUUGCCGAAUGUCUUGCCUUCACCGGCGAUCGGUACACGUCUCGCCUUUCGCCUAGUAUUUCCUGAUACCAAGAACACCUCGGGACCACCUAGAUACAUGAGCAAAGAUCUUGGCAGCAUAGUUGUCAAUGCUGAGCCCGACCCGCAAGCAAAAAAUGCUCCGAUGGGCGACCUCGGAGGUGAUGCCGAGAAAACGCUACAAGAUGCACGUUUUGUUAUAGGGGACUAUGUAUGUUGCGCAAUAUUUCCACCAUUAGCGAAUGGUGACGUCGCCGGACCGCCUCCACCACAAGCACCUGGUUAUGGAGGUAUGGGAUAUGGCGGACGAGGCGGGAGACCACCUCCGCGAGAGAACGGAUUCGGGAGGGGUCGAGACUUCCGGCCAAGAGAUCCCGACGGCUUGCCCUCCGGUGAAUGGAGGCGAGGAGACAUACCACCCCCUGCCCCAGCAGGCUAUGGUGGGGGAGGUAGGCGUGGCAAUGGCCGCUACGAAAACGACCGAGAGUAUCGUGGAGGAUAUGGGGGUGGUGGCUAUGGUCGAGCUAGAGGCCGAGGCCGCGGUGGCUACUGAUACAGGAAUCGUUUCAAGAACUGACCAG